AUAGUUUCUACUAUAUACUUCUCAAGAAUCCGUGGCUGCUGCAAACAAAAAUUGAGUUCGAGGUCACCAAACCUUCUAAAUCUCCAGGACACGUUGACUUGGUGAUCGAUGUACCAGCAACAACAAUUACGAUCAUAUUAGAGUGGAAAUUCGUUAGAAUUAAUUUCAUCAACAUUGAACCGGUGGCGAAGUCAUUGUUAUCACCAUACAGAUCGGUCAAUGUUAGAAAGGCAGAAGCUCUGAACAUCAUCUCAGAUCUGAACACUAUACUUAACCUUAAAUUUGCCAGUUAUGAUAAGUUUGGACGCAGUGGGAAAACAAUCAGAGAAUGGAUCUUGCAAUGUGGUGGGCCCGCUUAUCAACUCAACCAAUACUGGACAAGCCAGGAAAUCAUUCAACUCCGCAAAAGACGCAAGGUUAUCAGCUAUCUGGUAAUUGUCAUCGGCUCACGCAAGAUCUUGGUAUGGCGAUUGGGUGACAAGGGUCAGUUGGAAAAAGAACCUAUAUUAGUGGGUGAAUGA